GUAGUGUGUGCAUGCCUGGUUUAAAACACCAGCCUGGUCACACAUCCUCUCCUUGCCCUUUAAAACCCCCACUGCUCCCUACAAUUCAUCCCUUCUUUAUCUCUCAUUCCCUGUUACCCUUUUUCAUUAUCCUCCCCUCGCUCUCCCCUCUCCUCCUCCAGUCUGCCUGCUCACCCUCAUUUUCAUGUAAAUGAGAAUCGAUUCUUCUCUCAACACCCCUCUGUCCACACCUAGUUAUAUCUGCAGUGGCCUGUGCGUUUGUUGUGAUACGAGGCCAAGCAGGCGAGCUAAACGUGUAGUUUUAUCCUUCAUUAUUUUGGUACACGAACAACACGAGCCCAGAACGUCAGAUAAAACAGAUCCUUUUGAGCUACGGAGGAAAAAAUACAUGUUUAAUGCAUCCAUGACGUGAAUUUGGACCACGGACACGCUCUUUUUAUCUGACUGUUGCAAUGCUGCCACCUUGCGUUUGGACUCGUGUGCGCUUCCUUUGUUUUCGGUGACGUCACGCCGCGCGGUAUGAUGGGAGUUGGAGUCGGAAUUGAUUCAGCACUUCCUGCUUAGAAGAAGAACACGAAGACACUGCGGCUGUUUAAGUUAGUUAACCAAAACGUUGUUGACGUGACAAACCGUUUCCCCUCGAAGAGACACGAGAGGACACGGAGACAGAAUGUCGUUGAUCGAGCACGGGUCAGUCCGGCCAGUUACAGCGGUCGGCUGGACCUCCAACACCGGCACCUGCCCCAAGGGCUUCACACUGAUCAGCAUCACAGAAGACGGAGCAGCAGCAAACUUUACUCGCAGCUUUGCGAUUAAAUCUGGAUAUUACCUCUGUUACAGCAAGGAGUUGACAUCUGGUAUGGUGGUGUCGGACAUUCAGCUCAUCUCAGACAAGGAGGCUAUUCCUCACGGUUACAGCUACAUAGAAGAGCACCUCGAACCAAAGGCCUCCGUGUGGAAGAAGAAACGGGCGUGCAUGCUCGUCGUCCCAAUGGGCAGCGUGGACACAGCUGUGUUGGACAUCAAAGUGACUGCCAAAAGCAAAAUGAUGCUGCAGCACUACACGUGCCUUGGAGACAUCCACGGCUAUGUGUUGUGGUGCAGAAAGGGACAUUUUUCCAGCCCGAUGCCUAAAGCAAAGCCCCGGAGUGUCAGCCUGGACAUCCGCAGGCUCUCAUUGGAGCAGCCGUCUGCUCCUCUGCCCCUUCAACCCAGCCGCCCCAAUCAUCCAACGGCACCAAAUAAACUGAGUCACAGACGCCACAGCUUCAAAAAACAGGACAACCUCGACAAACCAGCCGACGGCAGCAUCCAGGGGAUCACAGCUUUAGAUGGAGUUCCUUUUAGCCUCAGCCCAAAUUUCGAUGGCCAGGCAAACGGCACGGCUCUUCAGCUAAACUCUCAACUACACAACAUCCGUAUAAAGUCCCUUCAAGACAUUGAGAAUGAGUAUAACUACACUUUUGCGACCGAAACCGCCGCAAAGACAACCAGACCAUCGGUGGCAACAGGAGGCGCCCAGACAGCUCAGUGAUCAGCAGCUUGAGACGUGUUUGUUUGGGUCUUAUUUCGCUCCCCGUCACGUACAGAGGCAGGACGAUGCCCUCUACAGGUACUCUGUAGGCUUCUAAAGUAUGCUCGCUUUAGUCUAUACUCUGUUACCCUGCCGUCUAUUUUUAAGUUUCUAUAUUUGCCAAAGGAAAUGAUCUGUUGGAAUAAAAAAA